CGGGGAAGGCGGGAGACAGCGCAGUUUGAAUCGCGGUGCGACGAAGGAGUAGGCGGUGGGAUCUCGCUGGCUGGCUGACUAGUCCUUUCUCUGCCUUGCUUGUUUGAGCUUCAGCAGAAUUCGAAAUGGCUGGCGGUAAGGCUGGGAAGGACUCCGGAAAGGCCAAGACAAAGGCGGUUUCCCGCUCACAGAGAGCCGGCUUGCAGUUCCCGGUGGGCCGUAUUCAUCGACACCUGAAAUCUAGGACGACCAGUCAUGGACGUGUGGGCGCGACUGCCGCUGUGUACAGCGCAGCCAUCCUGGAGUAUCUCACCGCAGAGGUACUUGAAUUGGCAGGAAAUGCAUCAAAAGACUUGAAGGUAAAGCGUAUUACCCCUCGUCACUUGCAACUUGCUAUUCGUGGAGAUGAAGAAUUGGACUCUCUCAUCAAGGCUACAAUUGCUGGUGGUGGUGUCAUUCCACACAUCCACAAAUCUCUGAUUGGGAAGAAAGGACAACAGAAGACUGUUUAAAGGAUGCCUGGAUUCCUUAUUAUCUCAGGACUCUAAAUACUCUUAACAGCUGUCCAGUGUUGGUGAUUCCAGUGGACUGUAUCUCUGUGAAAAACACAAUUUUGCCUUUUUGUAAUUCUAUUUGAGCAAGUUGGAAGUUUAAUUAGCUUUCCAACCAACCAAAUUUCUGCAUUCGAGUCUUAACCAUAUUUAAGUGUUACUGUGGCUUCAAAGAAGCUAUUGAUUCUGAAGUAGUGGGUUUUGAUUGAGUUGACUGUUUUUAAAAAACUGUUUGGAUUUUAAUUGUGAUGCAGAAGUUAUAGUAACAAACAUUUGGUUUUGUACAGACAUUAUUUCCACUCCAGUGGAUAAGCUCAAUAAAGGUCAUAUCCCAA